ACAAAGCUGUAAAGCGAAGUCGCGCCACUGCUCACCGUCGUGUUCUGAUCACCUGCAGCCUGAAAAACAGUCAAAGUCGACAAAAGAUGGAUAUUCUGACUGUGUUGCCGUCCAGCUUUGGAUAUGUCAUAUUCACUUAUCUCUACAGCUGGUUUAUGCUGGCCUACCUCGGAGUCAAGGUUGGGCUUGCCAGAAAGAAGUACGGUGUUAAGUAUCCCGAUAUGUACAGUGACAAGGACCCGGUAUUCAACUGCAUCCAAAGAGCACAUCAGAACACCCUGGAGAUUUACCCUCAGUGGCUUGUUUUCCAGACCAUUGCAGCUCUUGUUUAUCCAGCAACAGCAUCCGUGCUAGGGAUUAUUUGGGUGACCAGCAGGUUCUCCUACGCCUGGGGCUACUACACCGGAGAUCCAGAAAAGAGGAUGAGGGGUGUGUACGGCUACAUCGGGUCCUUGGGAGUCAUCAUUCUUUCCAUAUGUGUAGCCUUGCAGUUGCUUGGAGUUUUUUAAAAUGAUCCCCAUCUUGUGUUUGCCCAUCUGGCUGAAAACUCAUUUAUACUGACUGUGAAGUAGCUGGGCAACUUGUUUAACUAAUAAUUUCUCACUGUGAUGCUUUACAUAAUAUUUUACGGACCACUAACUUCAUAGUUACUGCCUUUUUUACAUAUUGAUUGUGAACAUGUAUUCAAUGUAAUUAACUACAAGACUUCAGAGACUUCAGAUGAGGUAAACAU